AUGAAACUGUUUAGUCAGAUAUUGGUGUUUUUCUCUCUCACUCCCUCUCUCUCGUUCGCUCUCUUUUGCACUCCCUCUCUCUCGUUCGCUCUCUUUUGCACUCCCUCUCUCUCGUUCGCUCUCUUUUGCACUCCCUCUCUCUCGUUCGCUCUCUUUUGCACUCCCUCUCUCUCGUUCGCUCUCUUUUGCACUCCCUCUCUCUCGUUCGCUCUCUUUUGCACCCCCUCUUCUCCCGUUCACUCUCUUUUGCACCCCCUCCUCUCCCGUUCACUCUCUUUUGUACUCCUUCUUUGCCUUCUCUUUCUCUCUCUCUCUCUCUCUCUCAUCCGCUCUCUAGCUUCUUUGCCUUCUCUCUUUCUCUCUCUCUCUCUAGCUUCUUCCUUCUCUCUCUCUCUCUUUUGCCUUCUCUUUGCCUUCUCUCUCUCUCUCUCUCAUCACUCUCUAGCUUCUUUUGCCUUCUCUUUCUCUCUCUCUCUCAUCCGCUCUCUAUCUUCUUUGCCUUCUCUUUCUCUUUCUCUCUCUCUCAUCCGCUCUCUAUCUUCUUUGCCUUCUCUUUCUCUCUCUCUCUCUCAUCCGCUCUCUAGCUUCUUUGCCUUCUCUUUCUCUCUCUCUCUCUCAUCCGCUCUCUAUCUUCUUUGCCUUCUCUUUCUCUCUCUCUCUCUCAUCCGCUCUCUAUCUUCUUUGCCUUCUCUUUCUCUCUCUCUCAUCCGCCUCUACUCAUUCGCCUUCUCUCUCUCUCUCUCUUCUCCCCUCUCUUUUGUCCUCUCUCUUUCUCUUUUUCGCUCUCUUUCACCCUCUCUCCUCUUCAAAAUUACAACUUUUCUUACCUCCCUGACCUUACAAAGCGUUCAUUACAUUUUUUUCUUUCCCGCUACCCGUACAGAUCGUAUAUUACACUUUUCUUUCUUGCUACCCGUACAGAUCUUAUAUUACAUUUUUUCUUUCCUGCUACCCGUACAGAUCUUAUACUACAUUUUUUUUCUUUCCCGCUACCCGGACAGAUCGUACAUUACAUUUUUUCUUUCCCGCUACCCGUACAGAUCGUACAUUACGUUUUUUUCUUUCCCGCUACCCGUACAGAUCGUACAUUACGUUUUUUUUUCCCGCUACCCGUACAGAUCGUACAUUUUUUUUUCCCGCUACCCGUACAGAUCGUACAUUACGUUUUUUUUCUUUCCCGCUACCCGUACAGAUCGUACAUUACGUUUUUUUCUUUCCCGCUACCCGUACAGAUCGUACAUUACGUUUUUUUUUCUUCCCUUUACCCGUACAGAUCGUACAUUACGUUUUUUUCUUUCCCGCUACCCGUACAGAUCGUACAUUACGUUUUUUUCUUUCCCGCUACCCGUACAGAUCGUACAUUACGUUUUUUUCUUUCCCGCUACCCGUACAGAUCGUACAUUACGUUUUUUCUUUCUAUGCCUUCUUCCGUUUGUCAAUUAG